CUCGUACCUGGCUGAGUCUUAAUCGCAUCUCUGGUUCUCGACUUCGUCAGCAUCCCUAUUCCUUUUUUCCUUGACCAACUCAGCCUUGUGAGCCAUCAUCAUGACUCAAGUUGAUAACUCGGACGCCGUCCAGGAUGAGUACGAUGAUAUGCCUGGAGGCCCCGGGGCACCAAUACCAGUCUCGCAAUUGGUGGGGCUUGCCGGAUUGACCGACAGAGACAUAAAACUCGUCGUUGAAGGCGGAUUUCACACCGUCGAAUCAAUAGCGUACACUCCGCGACGGACCCUCGAGCAGAUCAAGGGAAUUUCAGAAGCCAAGGCAUCCAAGCUGCUGAACGAAGCAAUGAAACUGGUCCCCAUGGGCUUCACCACUGCCACCGAAAUGCAUGCACGAAGAAGCGAGCUCAUCUCCAUCACUACCGGCUCGAAGAACCUCGAUCGCUUACUGGGAGGGGGUGUUGAGACCGGCUCCAUCACUGAGAUAUUUGGUGAAUUCAGAACGGGAAAGAGUCAGAUAUGCCAUACAUUGGCUGUUACUUGCCAAUUGCCUUUUGACAUGGGCGGCGGAGAAGGCAAGUGCCUCUACAUCGACACUGAAGGCACGUUCAGACCUGUUCGUCUGCUCUCGGUUGCCAACCGUUAUGGCUUGGAGGGCGAAGAAGUCCUCGACAAUGUCGCAUAUGCACGAGCGUACAACUCUGAACACCAACUGCAGCUUCUACAGCAGGCUUCACAGAUGAUGUGUGAAACACGGUUUUCGCUCCUCAUUGUCGACUCUGCCACGUCACUGUACCGGACUGACUACAACGGUCGAGGAGAAUUGUCGUCCAGACAGUCACACAUGGCCAAAUUCUUGCGCACCUUACAGCGGCUCGCAGAUGAAUUUGGAAUCGCCGUGGUCAUCACCAAUCAAGUGGUUGCACAGGUCGACGGAGGGCCCAGUGCCAUGUUCAAUCCUGACCCCAAAAAACCCAUUGGUGGUAACAUCAUUGCUCAUGCAAGUACCACGCGACUCAGUCUGAAGAAGGGACGGGGUGAAACCCGUAUCUGCAAGAUCUACGACAGCCCGUGCCUGCCCGAGAGUGAUACUUUGUUCGCGAUCUACGAGCACGGUAUUGGUGACCCCCAGCCGAAAGACGACAAAGAGUGAACAACAGCAACAGGAGAAGAUGUACAAUUAUCGAGACGAUUCAUUGGCCAUGCUUUAUGUACCGGGUAUAGCGAUCGGCGUUCACAGGGUGGGAGGAGCUGCAAUGAGACUGUUACAGACAUGCAAGGACAACGAUCGGCGAGGGCAUACAAUAUCAAAAGGCCAAGAUCUUUUCGGAGUCGACGGCAACGAUGGGAUCGAGCUAAGCAUCAUAGCGGAUAAGUGGUGUGGUAGUCUAAAAGCCAAUAGAAGGCGAACUAUUUGAGAGUGCCCAGCUGAACAGGCGACAUGUUGA